AUGCCUGCCCUGCCGCUGCAGCCACUGCCUGGCCUGCCUGCCACCUGCACCUGCCUGGCCUGCCUUGUGCAUGCCCUGCCUUGCCAACUGCCUGCCCAUUUCCCUGCAGCCGGCCGCCCCCUGCCUGCCCUGCCUAGCACUGCCGCCCGCCGCCACUACCCCCUGCUAGCCACUGCCUGCACCUGCCUACAGCCACUACCUUCACCUGCCUCACAGCACUCCCCUACUAGCCUUCUGGCUGCUGCCUGCCCUGCAGCCUGGCCCUGCCUGCCCUACUGGCCCCUGCCCUGCCUUACAGCCACUGCCUGCCCUGCAUGCCUGCCUGCCUGCCUCUCAGCCCUGGCGCGCCUGCCUGCUGCUGCCUGGCACUGCCUUCCUCGCCCUGCCUGCCUGCUGCACUGCCCUGCCCUCUCUGCCGCCCCUGUACCCGCCUACCCUGCCAGCCUGGACAACACUGCCUGCCACGCCCUGCAGCGCUGCCUGCCCUGUAGCCUUGUCGCUGCCUGCCCUGCCCUGGCCACUGCACUGCCCUGCCCCUGGCCACUCGCCUGCCCUGCACCAGCGCCUGCCUGCCUGCUGCCUGCGCAGCCACUGCCUGCCCUGCCUUACAGCACCUGCACCCUGCCCUCGCAGCAGCACUGCCUGCCACCCCUCCUGCCUCCCAGCCCACUGAACGCCGCCCUGCGCCUGAGCCUGCCUGCCCUGCCACUGGCCUGCCUGCCAGCCUGGCGCUCGCCUGCCCUGCCGUCCCCACAGCCCGCUGCCUGCCCUGCCUGCCGGGCUUGCACUGCCUGCCCUGCCUGGCCUCCCCUGAGCUGCCACCUGCCCUGCAGCACUUCUGGCACUGCUCUUGCUCUCCUGCACUGCCUGCCCCGCACACUGCCUGCCCUGCCUGCCCUGCUAGCCGACACUGCCUGCCGAACUGCACUGCCUGCACCUGCCGGACUACUGCACUGCCCUGCAGCCUGCCUUUCGGCUGCUCCCCCUGCCACCGCCUGCACUGCUGCUGCCCUCCACAGCCUCACACUGCCCUGCCUUCCCUGGCACUGCCUGCCUUUCUGCUCUGCCUACACCUUGCUGCCUGCCCUGCAGCCUGGCACGCCUGCACCUACAGCCACAGCCCUGCCUGCUCCCUGCCCGGGCACUGCCUGCGUCCUGGCUCCACUGCCUGCGCACUCCUGCCCGGCCUUGCUGCCCUGCCCUCCUGCACGCCUGCACACCUGCAGCCUGGAACUGUACCUGCCCCUGGCUCUGGCACUGCCUGCCACUGCCUUCCUGGCGCCUGCCUGCCUUACCCAGCACUGCCCUGCCUCUGCGCGCCUGCCUCGCCCUGCCCCUGGGCCUGCCUGCGCUGCCUUGCAUCCACCCGCCUCCUGGCACUGCCUGCCUGUUUUCACCUGCCAACACUUCACCUGCUACCUUCCAGCACUGCCUGCCCUGCCAGCCUGCACGGCCUGCCCUGCCUUACAGCACCUACCUGCCCUGCCUGACCCUGCACCUGCAGCCUACGUGCCCUGUCUCCGCCUGACUGCCUGCCCUCUCAUGCCUCCUGCCCUGCCUGCCACUCCUACCCCUAGUCCUGCCUCUGGCCAGCACUUGCCUGCCCUGCCGCUGUGCCCUGCCCUGCUACCUAACACUGCCGCCUGCAGCCUGCUGCUGCCUGCCCUGCCCCACAGCACUGCCACCCCGCCCCUUACUGCGCCUGCCUGCCCUGCUGCCUAG